AUGCGACUAAUCAACACGAGUACCCACAACUUUGAGGAAUUUAUCGGUCGUGAUAUCCCUCCGUAUGCCAUACUGUCUCACACAUGGGAGACCGAAGAAAUCACUUACCAAGACUACGCCAAUGAUGCCUGCCGACACUUCAAAGGCUUUGCAAAGGUUAUGAAGACACUCGAGAUAGCUGAAGCGAGUGGCAUCAGAUAUGCGUGGGUAGAUACGUGCUGCAUAGACAAGAGAAGUAGCGCGGAGCUCACUGAAGCCAUCAACUCGAUGUACUCCUGGUACCAACGUAGCGAAGUCUGCUACGCCUUUUUAUCCGAUCUCGAGGCUGAUGCGGAUCUCCAGGCAGACAUGCCACAUUGCCGUUGGUUUACUCGUGGCUGGACACUACAGGAGUUUAUUGCCCCUCACACUGUAUACUUUUAUGAUUGCGAUUGGCAAUAUAGGGGAUCGAAGGAAAGUCUGUGCACCAUGCUAUGCCGGAUCUCGGGCAUAGAUCGGAAUAUUCUCUUGCAUCGACGCCCACUCCAUUCAAUAUGCGUGGCCCAAAAAAUGUCAUGGGCUUCUUCACGAUAUACAACGCGAAUCGAAGAUGCGGCCUAUUCAUUACUCGGCUUGUUUGGCGUCAACAUGCCAUUGCUCUACGGUGAAGAAGAUCGGGCUUUCCUCAGGUUGCAAGAGGAGAUCAUCAAGUCAUCUCCUGAUCUCAGUAUACUCGCAUGGACGGAUUCUACAAACCAAGGCAUCAGAGAACAUAGCUCAGAACUACAUUGUGGCGUCCUGGCAAAAAGCCCAGCUCAAUUCUCCACUGCUGGGUCGAUAUCUGGAUCAAUGGGCAUCGAUUCCGUGUCAGAGUCUUCAGUCACCAACCGGGGUAUACGAUUG